UGUUGCUAGCGGAAAAUUUCUGAAUGCCAACGUAUAGCUACUAGCAAAAUUGUUACACAAGACAAUUAUGUUUGAAACACAGGAAAAGGUUAUCAGAAAGAGUUCUUUGAAGCUGUUGUGGUUGAUAGGCGGUAAGGUGGAACAAUUCUUCUUACCUUGCUAGUUUAGGGAUUAUAAUUGUAAGCCAUAUUAGGCCUUUGCGGUAACGUUCACGCAGUUAGAAAACUUUACUUCUUGAUUUUUGCUGUGGUCUUCACGGAUGAGAUACAAAAACCACUUCACACAACAUAUCAGCUUGAAACAAAUCGUACCUACCGUUUAAUCAUGGUGUACUGCAAGGUACUGCAUGAAAUUGCUUGUUCUGCAUGUUGUUUAACAAUCAGUUCUAUUUCAUGUUUUGCGUCUAUAAGCGAUUUUCGUUAGGUGCUGUUGAGUAGAAUCGUGCAAAAGGGAUUCUAAAGUAAACGUUUCCUCGACUCAGUGGGAUAAGGUAAGGGAUACCCUGCCAUGUAACGCACAGUUGCAUGUUUUCAGACAGAGAACAAGUAUAAUUAUAUUGUGCUUCAGAAGAACCAGGAAAAUAUGCACAUGCUUUCCAUCCACGUUUUCGUCCUUUCCCAUGCAAUUGUGGAAUCUUGAAAGUUCCCGACCGUUCCGUUUCCUUUGUAGCGCACGUUAAUUUCUUGUUGCAUUUUGGAAUCUUAGCCGAAAGUCCACUUUCUAGUAUCGACAGUAUCAGGUAGAAUUUGCAUAUCUCUGUAACGCGCAAAUGUAAAUUCUUUACCAAACAAUUAGAUAUUGAGUCGGUGAAGUGAGUCUAUGUUAUUUUACUUAAUAGCAUAAAAUGAACUCUUUUCUUAACCUUUCAUAGAGACGCAUUAGGCUCCUUACGAGAGAUUGAUCAUGCGCCUAAAUGGGCACAGAAGUCUAGUUCCCCUGGAAAGACACUGACAUAAAAUAGGAAAAACGUUUAAAUAUAUACAAGUCCCGUGGCUCCUGUUUUGCUUACAGUUUUUAUUAUCGACAAGAAAAAGGAAAAAGAUUUUUGUUGUUUAAGGGACCUUCUGCUAAACUAAUCCUCCCACGGGUAUGGAAAGACCUAUAUGCUUGCCUUGUAGCUUUAUAAAAGGCGAGCAUGAUUUUCCGGAUAGUAUUUUGGCAGCACCGUUCUAUACAGUAGCCUAGCCGUUUCUUCGGAGCAAGAGGCAGUCUACCUGUAUUGACGGCUAAUAUAGAUGAUGCGGCUAAUUAACCCAUUUCCGUACAAGUGUCUGUUAAGGUACCAGUGCUUGGAAACGUACCAACUCUUCUUUCAAUUUAAACUGGUUUAUCAUUUUCGUCGGUUUUUAAUUGUUACACUAACGUUUUAAAUUAUCACUUUCAUCUUCAGCCAUUAUCGCAAGAACUGCUUGGUCAAAUGAAGGUAAAGACUGAGUUGCCUAGAUUCAGGGACAAAAGUAGUUGACACACUUGUCGAAAACGUGCUCUUUUAUCAACAUUUUCAUUCAGUUAUAUCAUUUUGUCCUGUUUAAACGCCGUAAAUCCCCCAACCCCUAAAUCAAUAUUUUUUGUAGUAAGAUAACGACUUGUGGGUCUAAAAUACAAGAUUGAUUUGGAGGGGAGUGGGUGGGGGUACAUAGGGGGAGGGGAUAGGUAGGACCACUAUGCAAAAACGGGCCAUCUUAUAGAAGUGUCUCAACACUUUUGUCCCUCAUUGUAGAUGGGCAGAAAUAGAUGGUUCAUUAAGACUAUUUACGUAGCAACAAUGAGUUCAUUUUCUUUAAAUGCUAAGAAAUAUCCUACGAGAUAAACUACUGAACGUAAUGGCCUAAUCUAAGUACGUAACUGAAAUCUACAAUAAGAAACCUUAAAAUACUUGUAAUCUACUCAUUGGACAUUGCGAAAUUCAAACGAUUUAUGCGAAAGGGCGGUUGUCUCCUUUAGUGAUGCAAAUUUAUUGGGUAGCAGUAUGUAGAUUUCAUGUCAAACGGAUUUAAGUCAAAGAUACAUUUGCAUGAUUUAAGACACAUUUACAGUGCUUUAUUUCUUAAUUUAUUGGGGUUGUGUAAUCAUUCACACCAUGCAAGAUCCUCUACCGAUGCAGAUAGGUUAGACAGUCUGGCACGUUGGCACAAAGCACCAAACGGCAACAACACAACCUAACAACAGAGCAAAACAUAAAAAGGGGUUAAUGACCAGAUAAAGAUAUACUCACCUACAGCAAAUAUAGUUUCACUUCAGGAAUUUGAUAGAGUCUAAAUUUUUAUGUCAGACUCUGAGAUAUUGAAUAGACUCAUUUGAAUGUUUUUGAUCUUAGAAAAGACACAGACACUCCUCUUGAACCCCUUGUCUUAGCUUAUUUCGUUACUUUUCAGUUUGCAGUGAAAUAGUUUAUCUUGGUGGUGACUUCGGAAUACACCGAGGAAGAUUUUCAAGCCCAGGUUAUCCGUCGGGGACCUACCCGAGUAGGGAGAAAUGUACGUGGAUAAUAAAGGUACCAUUGAAUUACCGUGUUUUACUGCACUUUGAUGGUCUGGACGUGGAAUCUUGUCCAACUGCAACGAACAAUUGCACGUGCGAUUAUGUGACUGUAUCCGAUGGACAGCUAUUAAGAGACAGACUUCUAGCAAAACUCUGUGGAACUAAGCCUCCCUCCGAUAUUAUUUCCAGUGGAAGGUUUGUUAGAGUUGAUUUAGUGACGGAUGAGUCAAAUGAAAGGAAUUUCAAAGGUUUCUCUGCGCAGUUUUAUUCCAUUUCACCGAAUGGCGCUACACCUACAAGUAUCGAUGAACGAGAUACUGGGAAGAACAAAAAGACGGUAACACCUGAACAGGAUGGCCCCGAAAAAGGUAAUCAGAUUCUCAUCGAUCGUAAUGCUCUUGAUCAUUGUAUAUUAAAGACAGAUAAUAAGAGAAGGUAAGACCUGACAGUAACAAUUGUCUCCCGGAACUAAAUGGAGAUACGUUUCGGAUCAAAUUGUAAUUUGGGUUGAUUUUUGGGGAGGAAGGAAAACCGGGAUGCUUACCGUUUGUACAAACCGCUCGGGUGGAAGUCUUGCCCAAUGCUACAUUACAGGGAUUUUUAAAAAACCGUCGGGUUAAUGAACAGAGGAAAUCCCUGUGUUGAGACCCUUAACUGCCUAGGCGAGUGCAAUGCACUCAUAUAAGCGCCAGCUCCUUACAGCACAUGUGGUAGCUGUUGGCUGGGACUGUAAAACAGUCUAGUGCAAUGCGGUAUAUGAAGUCGUGGAUCGCCUAAAUUAAUAGGGCUGCCGCUGCCCGGGUGAUAUGGUUGUGCGCAUGCGUAAGGUACUGGCCAUACCGCGGAGUUGUGUAGUGUGACCAUUGCUUUCAGAUGAUUUAUUAUGUGCGUUUUGUUUGUCUUAGGUGGCGGCAGCACUAUAAUGAUCGCUGUCGUGUGUAGUCUCGGUGGAGUUGCAAUAAUCGGCAUGAUUUUAGUCUGCAUUUAUAUGAAGACGAGAAAACAAGCCCAAGCAAACCCCGCACCCAGAGGACAUCCCAGUGCUUCUUUCCAAAGGUCUCAGGAACCCUCACGACCCCCACCUCCCUACGCAUCAGUGGUUUCUAACGCACCCCCUUCUUAUUCAUCAACGGCCUCCCUAGGGUAAACACGACCCAAAGCCAUGACUGGCUACUACCCCCUUGGGCUACUACUAUGUUAUUAGAAGAAAUGCGAUAUUUAUGAUGGAAACCAGAAGAUCUUACUACCCGUAGCCUGUAUAGAGACGUCCCAACUCCCUCAGAUAAAAAUCGGGAGAGGAGAGGUAUCUUCUACCGAUUUUUUUCUGUGGAAGGGGGACCGUUCUUUACACAGGCUAACCACCUGGCGCGCGGGUAGCCUCCCACGCAGGCAUUUUUCGGGACGAAAUACGAGCUCCCACAAAAAGAACCAAGAACGAGAAGUCCA